GGAUCUGAGCUUUACAAUCCUGAAAAAAAAAGGAAGGAUUAUACCCUGGUUGCAAUGUUUUCUUCGGAAAUGCAAAAGAUUAUGCAGCAUAUAUCUGCCUUCCUGGUUUCUUGGUUUUGCGGACUGGCGGUUGCCGCUGCUUCCCCAACCAGCGUGCAAAUAGGAGGGUUAUUUCCGAGAGGAGCAGAUCAGGAAUACAGCGCGUUUCGUUUAGGAAUUUUUCAGCACAAUUCACAUGAACUAAGGCUGACGCCCCAUGUUGACAAUUUGGAGGUAGCAAACAGCUUCGCCAUAACUAAUGCGUUCUGUUCCCAGUUUUCAAGAGGUGUCUACGCCAUUUUUGGAUUUUAUGACAAGAAGUCUGUAAACACGCUUACGUCAUUCUGUGGGACAUUGCACGUUUCAUUCAUUACCCCAAGCUUCCCUGCAGAUGGCUUACACCAAUUUGUCAUACAGAUGAGACCAGACCUCAAGGGUGCUCUUCUGAGUUUGAUUGAGUAUUAUCAAUGGACCAAGUUUGCUUACUUGUAUGACAGCGACAGAGGAUUGUCAGUAUUGCAAGCUGUGCUGGAUUCUGCUGCUGAAAACAAGUGGCAAGUCACAGCCAUUAAUGUUGGAAACAUCAAAGACGAAAGGAAGGAUGAAGCCUAUCGCUCCCUCUUUCAAGAUCUGGAAAAUAAAAAGGAAAGACGGGUGAUUCUUGACUGUGAGCGAGAUAAAGUCAAUGACAUAAUGGAUCAGGUUAUAACUAUUGGGAAACAUGUGAAAGGAUACCAUUACAUCUUUGCCAAUCUGGGAUUUACAGAUGGCGACCUGUCAAAAAUCCAGUAUGGUGGAGCAAAUGUCUCUGGAUUUCAAAUUGUUGAUUACGAUGACCCAGUCGUCAUGAAGUUCAUGCAACGAUGGUUGGCUCUGGAUGAGAAGGAGUAUCCAGGAGGCAAAACAAGUAAAAUUAAGUACACUUCUGCCCUGACAUACGAUGCUGUUCAAGUGAUGACUGAAGCUUUCCGUUAUCUACGCAAACAGCGAAUUGACAUCUCCAGGAGAGGUAGUACUGGAGAUUGUCUCGCUAAUCCUGCUGUGCCCUGGGGACAGGGAAUUGAAAUUGAAAGGGCAUUGAAGCUGGUCCGUAUUGAUGGUUUAACUGGAAAUAUUCAGUUUGAUCAAUUUGGGAGAAGAGUCAAUUAUACCGUGAACAUCAUGGAACUCACAAAUAAUGGUCCCCGGAAGAUUGGAUAUUGGAAUGAAGUCGACAAGAUGGUUCUCACGGCAACAGAUUUUCUUGGUGGGAAUGAUACAGCAGCAAUGGAGAAUAAAACCGUGGUGGUGACAACGAUUAUGGAAGCACCCUAUGUUAUGCUGAAGAAAAACCAUGAACAAUUUGAAGGCAAUGACCAGUAUGAAGGCUACUGUGUUGAUCUAGCGGCAGAAAUAGCCAAACACUGUGGCUUUAAGUACAAGCUCUCAAUAGUGCCCGAUGGGAAGUAUGGUGCUAGGGAUGCAGAAACCAAAGUUUGGAACGGAAUGGUCGGAGAACUGGUGUAUGGGAAAGCAGAUAUUGCUGUAGCUCCACUGACAAUAACAUUGGUAAGAGAAGAGGUGAUCGACUUUUCAAAGCCCUUCAUGAGCCUUGGGAUAUCCAUCAUGAUAAAGAAGCCCCAGAAGUCGAAGCCAGGAGUUUUCUCAUUUCUAGAUCCGUUAGCAUAUGAAAUCUGGAUGUGCAUUGUCUUCGCUUACAUCGGGGUCAGCGUAGUUUUAUUCCUGGUCAGCAGAUUUAGUCCGUAUGAGUGGCACACCGAGGAGUAUGAAGAUGGACGGGAAACACAAACUAGCGAACAAACUAAUGAAUUUGGGAUAUUUAAUAGUCUUUGGUUUUCUCUGGGUGCCUUUAUGCAGCAAGGAUGCGAUAUUUCGCCAAGAUCCCUGUCUGGGCGAAUAGUUGGAGGUGUGUGGUGGUUCUUUACCUUGAUCAUAAUAUCCUCAUACACGGCUAACUUAGCUGCUUUCCUGACGGUCGAACGAAUGGUCUCUCCCAUUGAAAGUGCAGAAGAUCUUGCUAAGCAAACCGAGAUUGCAUAUGGAACUUUGGAUUCUGGAUCCACAAAGGAAUUUUUUAGGAGAUCCAAAAUUGCACUUUUUGAAAAAAUGUGGGCCUACAUGAAAAGUGCUGAGCCAUCUGUCUUUGUCAAGACGACUGCAGAAGGGGUGGCCAGGGUACGGAAAUCAAAAGGAAAAUACGCCUAUCUCCUGGAGUCCACCAUGAAUGAAUACAUUGAACAAAGGAAGCCCUGUGACACCAUGAAAGUCGGAGGAAACCUAGAUUCUAAAGGAUAUGGGAUCGCAACACCUAAAGGAUCCUCAUUAAGAAAUGCGGUUAACCUCGCAGUUCUAAAACUGAAUGAACAAGGCCUCUUGGACAAAUUGAAAAACAAAUGGUGGUACGACAAAGGAGAGUGCGGCAGCGGGGGAGGUGAUUCCAAGGUCAGCCCCAGUGAGAAAA